AUUUACAGAGAGGAGAGUAAUAGAAGUGAGUGAUGUGAGAGAAGAGGAAGAGAGAGAGAGAGAUCGAAAGGAAGAAGAAGAAGAAAAAAUGGGUGGAGGAAUGGAAGCAAACAAGAACAAAUACAUUGAAGAAUGGGGCGCUGUUAGAGAGAAUCUCGAGCACAAUUUCCGUUGGUCUCGCCGGAACCUUCUUCUUGUUGGUAUCUUCGGUCUCGCUGUUCCUGUACUAGUCUACAAAGGCAUCGUCAAGGAAUUCCAUAUGCAAGAUGAAGAUAAUGGCAGACCAUACAGGAAGUUCAAGCCUUGAGCAUGGAAGAUGCUUUGUAAUAAUCAUGAGUUAUGAAAGGUAGACCUUAAUGAGGCUACAAUGUGUUUUUUCUUAACUUGCCAAGGGCUGUUUGUUUAUGUAGUUUGGUUCUAUCAAACCACUCCAUGUUUGGCUAUCUUCAUUGAUAUUUCUGUGAUGUUAAAUUGGUACUGAUGUUUAAAAUCAAUAAUAUAUUUGGAAAACAAAA